UUCACUAUCUUAUUUCAAUACUAUGUCACGUUUGCAGAGUCGGUAUUUAAAAACAUAUAUUCAAUUUUUCCUUUAUAAAACAUCUUACGUAUCCCUUAGUCAAAGUAAAUCCCAUAGGUUUUUCGGAAAACUUACUAAUUGGGGUACAAAAAAGUCUGAUAAAAACAUUAAACUCGUCUAUUUAUCUAGUGAAAUGGCCAAUUCAGAAGUAGAACAAACUUUAGCGCCCCUUAGAGCAGCUGUAAAAAAACAAGGUGAUUUGAUUAGAUCACUUAAAGAAAAUAAAGCUUCAGAUGUUGAAAUUAAAAUAGCUGUAGGAGAGUUGAAAUUAUUAAAAAAACAAUUGGAUGAUAAAGAACUUUCUUUACAGCCACCUUCAGAAACUUUUAAUCGAUCAAAAUUUUCAGACCUUUUGAUCCGUCGAUUUUUUUACGAUCAAUCUUUUUCCAUUUAUGGAGGUGUUGCUGGGCUUUAUGAUUUUGGACCUAUGGGUUGUGCAUUAAAAUCAAAUAUAUUAGAACAAUGGAAACGCUUUUUUGUUCUUGAAGAUCAAAUGUUAGAAAUUGAUUGUUCAAUGCUAACACCUGAACGAGUAUUACAAACAUCUGGUCAUGUUGAAAAGUUUGCUGAUACUAUGGUAAAGGAUAAAAAAACAGGAGAAUGUUUUAGACUAGAUCAUUUAAUAAAAAAUCGUUUAGAAGUUUUAAUAAAAGAUAAAAAAACUACAACUGAAAUCAAAGAUGAGUGUAAAGAUAUCGUUAUUAAAUUAGAUGGGAUGACCACUCAGCAAAUGUCUGAUAUUGUUGACAAAUUUAAAAUGAAAUCGCCAACUACAGGCAAUGAUCUAUCUGAACCUAUUGAUUUUAAUCUUAUGUUUGCUACUCAAAUAGGACCUACUGGAGAUCAAAAAGGAUUUCUAAGACCAGAAACUGCUCAAGGUAUAUUUGUAAACUUUAAGCGUUUACUAGAGUUUAAUCAAGGAAGACUACCAUUUGCUGCAGCUCAAAUAGGCAAUGCUUUUAGAAAUGAGAUAUCUCCUCGGUCUGGUUUACUUAGAGUCCGAGAAUUUACCAUGGCUGAAAUAGAGCAUUUUUGUGAUCCAAGCGAUAAAUCACACCCAAAAUUUAAUGAAGUAGAAAACACAAAAUUAAAGUUAUAUAGUGCUUGUAAUCAAAUGGAUGGUAAAUCACCUAUUGAGAUAACCAUUGGACAAGCUGUUUCUGAAGGUCUUGUAGCGAACCAGACUUUAGGAUACUUUAUGGCUCGUAUUCAUUUGUUCAUGUUAAAAAUUGGUAUUAAUAAAGAAAAAUUAAGGUUUAGACAACAUAUGUCAAACGAAAUGGCACAUUAUGCAGUUGAUUGUUGGGAUGCUGAAUGUUUAACUUCUUAUGGUUGGGUUGAAUGCAUUGGUUGUGCUGACCGUUCAGCUUAUGACCUUUCCAGACACGGGGAAGAAACAAAACAGAGAUUGGUUGCAGAAAGAAAAUUACCUGCACCAAAAAAUAUUCAGGUUAUCGAACUGGACAUGGAUAAAGGUUUAAUUGGUAAGACACUUAGAAAAGAUUCAAAAGAAUGUGUAGAUAAACUUUCAAAGUUAUCCAUUGAUGAAGUGAAACAACUGCAUGACUUCAUUGAUAAAUCGACUCCUGAUCCAAAAACAGGGUUAACAUCAUGCAAUAUAGGUGACAAACAAUUUGAACUAAGUAAAAAUAUGAUCCCUUUAAAAUGUUAUUCAAAAACUAUUCACGUUGAAGAAAUUAUUCCCAAUGUUAUUGAACCAUCAUUUGGUAUUGGGCGCAUAAUUUAUACAUUACUUGAACAUACUUUUAAAAUACGUGAAAAAGACGAACAAAGAACAUACUUAACAUUACCAUCAUUAGUAGCUCCUUUAAAAUGUUGUGUAUUACCAUUGCUUGAUAAUGAAAAAUUUGUGCCUCUUGUUUCAGCAAUAUCUAAAAGUUUAUGCCUUAAAGGAAUUUCUAAUAAAAUUGAUGAUUCUAGUGGUUCAGUGGGUCGUCGUUAUGCCAGAACUGAUGAAAUAGCUGUUCCUUACUGUAUAACAGUUGAUUUUGAAUCAUUAAAUGAACCACAAUCAGUAACUAUUCGAGAAAGGGACUCGAUGGAACAGAUUAGAGUACCUGUUGCUGAAGUUGUUGAUCUAAUUUAUGAUUUAUCUCAAGACAAUAUUAAUUGGGAUGUUGCUAUGACUAAAUAUCCUAAGUUUGAAUCUCAACAAAAUGAAUAGGGAGAUUAUAAUAUUGUAAUGGCUAUUUUAAAUAUUUUAAAAAUAAUCUGUGAAAUGUAUUUCUUUAUUUUAAGUUUGUUUAAAUAUGAUUAUAUAUAAUUAUAAUUAUAACAAAUAUUAUUUAAGAA